AUGAAUACCGACUAUCUACAUCCCAAUCUUGACCAGCUUCUCCAUGUUCCGGGAUCCAAGGGAUAUAUUGGGCGUGGAUUGCAUUGUGUUCGCGGAAAUAGGCUUCGCGGGAGAAAGGAGAAUGCGGAUACCGUCAAUAUAUGGUAUCUGGAUCCGGGGUUUCCUAUCGACAGUCUCACUACUAACCAGACGGUACACGGUACGGUACCGACCCUCAUUGGGGACACGUGGGGAGACACAAUCUUUAAAGGGCCUAUGGUGGUCGUUUCUAAAGAAGGCAAUGCUUCUGACCCGCGGCGUAUGAAAGAUGUAACGCUAACGGCGUACCGAGAUGCCGUUGACUAUCUGGGCUACUAUGUUGAAACUGAGGGUAGCAUGAUAGACGGGCGCGGCGCAAACACGACACUUGCACAGAAUGUUAUAACGAAAGAUAGGGCGGGCAAGACGACAGGAUGGCGGAUCAACUGCAGGCAUGAUCAAGUGACGCUGGGACUGGGCGAUAUGUUAUCGGUUGCGGUUCCGGGGGCUCAUCCACUUUUCCGACUCGAAGGCGAUGACACGCUAGAUAUACCUGCUAUGCUGGGAUUUGACUGGGUGGCCAAAGCAUACAACCGCAGCGGAAAAGAUGAUGCAGGGCUUGAGAAUGAGAUGGCGCGACUCCUUCUGCUCCGGGCUGAGAUUGUUCUUCUAUCGGUCGUAAACAAUCUCAGAAUCGCCUAG